GAUUGGAUGCUUUCAGGGGUUCUGCUGCGGGGACUCGCAGUGAAUGAUGCUGUGCACUCUGCCUUUGGAGACAGGAAGAGUCUCUCCUCCUUCCCCAAAAGUACAGGAAUCAGGAUGCAGGCCAAAUACAGCAGCACAAGGGACAUGCUCGAUGACGAUGACACCACCAUAAGCCUGUAUUCUGGAACCUCCACUGCCACCAGACGUGCAGAGCCCAGGCACUCAGAGAAUGGGACACCCUCUUCAGUUUGGCGCCCAGUGGCCCUGACCCUGCUGACCUUGUGUUUGGUGCUGCUCGUUGGCCUGGCAGCCCUGGGCCUUGUGUUUUUUCAGUUCUACCAGCUCUCCAAUAUUCAGCAAGACAGCAUCACUGAAAGGGAUGAAAAGCUGGGGAACAUGUCCCGACAUCUACAGUCUCUCCAGACCCAGAACAGAAAACUCAUUGAAACUCUGCAGCAGGUAGCUGUAAAACUGUGUCGUGAACUUUACAACAAAAGUGGAGGACAUAGAUGCAGUCCUUGCCCAGAAAAAUGGAAGUGGCAUGGGGACAAAUGUUACCAGUUCUAUAAAGAAAGUAAAAACUGGCAGAGCUGUGAAUACUUCUGCCUGGCUGACAAUGCCACCAUGCUGAAGAUAAGCACACAGGAAGAGCUGGAUUUUGCCAUGCCCCAGAGCUACUCUGAGUUUUUCUACUCUUAUUGGACAGGGCUCUCCCGCAAUGGCAGUGGCAAGGCCUGGCUGUGGACAGAUGGGACACCUUACUCCUUUGAACUGUUUGAGAUUAUAAUAGAUCCCACCAACUUAAGAAACAGGGACUGUAUGACCAUCUUCAAUGGAAAGGCUUACUCUAAGGACUGCAAAGAGCUGAGGAGGUGUGCCUGUGAGAAGGUGGCAGGGAGAGUGAUACCAGAGGAGCUCCAGUAGGUGACAUGAAGCAUUGGAUGGAAGGGGCCAACAGGUCAGCUUCAACCACCAGCAAAAGGAACUGUCAAGUGAAGCCAAUGUAGAGGACAUUCCAAGCUGUGAGAAAAAACAGGGCAGCUGCAGGGGCUGGCAUGUGUGUGAGAAGUUCUCCUGGUUCCAGCUCAGCAACAUCCAGGCCUUGGCUUUAGUUCUUGCACAUAUUUUCCAAAAAGUCUUACUCAUGAACCACCAAAUAGUCCCAGGAAGCCAUAGAGUUGUCUUCCUUGAUUUACAGAUGACUUUCAGCUUUCUCUCUUCUCAGGGUCUGUUAUCAGCCUCUGUUUCAUGGCUCCCUUACUCUUGGAAAAGUGAGAAAAAUAGAAGAGUUGACACAAAGCCACAAACUGGAUGAGCUGGUGUCCACACAACUAUUGAUACCUUUACAGUCACAGCACUUGGCAGGAGAAGGAAACCAGGAGAAGUUCAAGGCCAGCCUCAGAUACUUACUUGGAGGCCUUCCUAGGCUACAUGAGUAUGUCUUCUCAAGUGACAGAAAGAAGGAACAAAAGAAUAAGAGAGAGAGAAUAAAGAAGGAAUAAUGAAAGAAGAAAUGUGAAAAGCAAAGUGAAAAGAGAGAACAGAAGAAAAAGACAUGGCACCCUUCAUCCUAGCAGGCAGUCCAAGAGAAACGAGAAGUCCUCACCCCUGUGCUACCCUACAUACAGCCAAUUCUUUUUGUGUCCAGUUCACACUUGGCCUUUCCUAGGCUCUCAAAAGUGACUUCGCCUGCUGGGUCUAUGGCCAGCUUUCCAGCUGAUAGAGUUCUCAUUAUGUCAACCACAACUCCUGUGUCCUUCCCCUUAUUAUCUCUCCUAGGAAAGAGACCGUCUCAACUCUAAGUUAGAAUUAAUGUCCCUGUACUCCCAAAGAAACUGAAACCUAAAAACAAGCAAACAAACAAACAAAUAACAACAACAAAACCCUAAACAGUCUCUGUAUAUGCACAGAUAUACUGUUUCUGGUUUCUUCUUCCACCAUGUUUGAACAAUGUUUAUACCUUUCAGGUACUGAACGUUUAAUAAUAAUAUGUGUAAAUAAUGUGAAA